GACAAGCCGGGUGUGCGUUUUGGGGGUGGACGGAGCGGCUUUGUAUCCAGAAGACCAGCGGGACAGCCACGCUGUCACUUUCUCUCCAAAGACUCUCUCCGGAGCUGCCAUGCAGACAUAAAGUUUACGGAGAUGGGAAAGGGAAAGCCAGCGAAGUCCUGCCCGCGCUGCUGAAAUCGGGUCCCAUGCGCUCGCUUAGCAAUGCGCACGUGAAUGACCGCCUCCCCGCCGUCCCCAUGCCCGCCGCGAUGCUUCCGUUCCCCGCGCCGGCCGGGUCCGACUGGAGCUUCCAGAACCCGGUGGGAGUGGACUGCAGCUCCCCCGAGCCUCGCUGCAUUUGGGUGGCGGUGCUGCGCGGCAUCACCGGGCCGCCGCCGGUCGCGGCCGUCGGGCACCGCAGCUUUGCUCAUCAGCUCAGGGCAAAAGGGCGGAGGGAUGGUCUCUCGUCGCCCGCCACCGACAACAACCCCCGCCCGCCGAUGGCGUCCCGGCCGGGCAGGGAUGGCGUCAGUGCGGUGUGGAAAGGCCCCCGCACGCUGGUCCUCCGCAAGAACUCGCAGGGCUUUGGCUUCACCCUGCGACACUUCAUUGUUUACCCGCCUGAGUCCACGCUGUACACGAACCUCACGGAUGAGGAGAACGGCAACGGGAAGGGUUUCCAGAAAGUACGACUGGAGCCGAUGGACACCAUUUUUGUGAAGAACGUGCGGGAGAAAGGUCCUGCUCACCAGGCCGGACUGUGCACUGGCGAUCGUCUGGUGAAGGUGAACGGUGAGAGCGUCCUGGGAAAGACGUACUCGCAGGUGAUCGCCCUCAUCCAGAACAGUGAGAGUGUGUUGGAGCUCUCCAUCAUGCCAAAGGACGACGAUGUGCUUCAGUUGGCGUACUCCCAAGAUGCCUACCUGACCGGGAACGAGCCCUUCACUGGGGGAGCUGAGAACCUCCCGCCGCCACCACCCCUCUGCUACCCCCGCACCAAGACCAUGUCGCCCGCGGGCGUGCCCCCGCCUGCCCCCAUGGGCCAGAACCAGCUGGAUAAUUGGAGUCGCUGGCCCAAUUCUCCGAGUCCCUCCUCGCCCCUGGACAACCGUUCCGCCGUGUGCAGUCCUGCCAGUUGGCAAGAUGGGCGCUCGGCGGAACUGGGGGGCGUAGGUCACAGCAGUCCAGCCCACAGGACAGAGGAGAUCCAGUAUGGAAUGACCGGGCAGCAGCCUCAGGGGCAAACCAGGGGGCGAUCAUACUCGUCAUCAUCUUCGUCAGGGGGGCCGUUAUCCAGCCCGUUGCAGGUCCACUACCCCAAUCACCACCACGGCGCCAACUCCACGCAGUCCCAGGCGCGGAAGUCCAGCAGCUCUGCUUGGACUAGCCCGCCGCUGCCUCAUCCUGGUCACGGCCGCAGCGAGCGAUGCCAGCAGGCGCUCUCAGAGUGGUACCAUAGCCAAGUGCCGGAACGUUCAGGACGCAACAUGCAGACGCGACAACGUAGCUACUCCCAGGACCGCCUCAGCGAGUCCAGGAGGCAGCCGCAUCUACAGCGGGCCGGCGGCUGGGCACACAGCGCCUCCCAGGACACUCUGCUCUUACUGCAGCAGUCAGGGCCGGGGCCCCACGGAGAGCCCUACUGGGGUGGGGAGUGGGGUCCGGAAAGGGGCCAUCCUGCCUCCAACUACACCAGGACUCGCUCGGAGAACCUGCUGGUGCAGUUUGAUCGCCGUGGACGGUCAAUGGAGAUGUUGGACCGAAGUGCAGCUGGAAUGGUGGGGCCUCAGUGUGAGAGGUGGCACCAGCCUCCUAAACCGCCCCCCAGAACUGACAUCCACCAAAGGCACGGUGGUCCAUACCCUGCGACGCAGGGCACUCAGAUGGCCCGACACUCACAGCCACACUCUAAGCAUCCUACCCAGACCCAUUCCCCAGUCCAAUCUCAGCAGGCGGCACCCAAGAACCAACGGCUUCCUCCAGGCCAGAGCAUGGAUGACCAGCCGGUGGGCUACCGUAGCUACAGCCCCUCCUUCUACCGUAAGACAGGCCGCAUCAUGCAGCAGGCCCACUCUUUCAGGGACCCUUCGUAUUCUGGCCCCCACAUGAACUGGAAUACUACCCCAAAAACCAGCCCACCUGAAGGCGCGCCGGUCAUCUCGACCGCCGCCCCGCUGGCUUCCAUCUCACCCGAAUCCCAGGAAAGAGCGUACAGGCCCACCAACCACGAGCGAGGGUCGGCAGAGGUUCCGGUACAGACCCAGGAAGUGGUGAUGCGGCAGAAGCCUCCCAGCGGACGGAGAAACGCCCACGGCUUGCGGCACCCCCACUACGCACUGCCGAUGGACGGCCUGGAGCCCUCCCUGUUCUCACCAGAACCCCCAGACUCGGCGGCCACCUCCAGUUCCUCGGGAGAUGCAGUGCCGUUUAAGGCCAAUGGCAAUCUGGUCCCCCUCUCGCUGGAGGAUGAUUCGCUGGCGUCCAUUCCUUUCAUUGAUGAGCCCACCAGCCCCAGCGCUGACUUGCGUGCCCGCCACGUGCCGGCGUCCUCGGUGGUCUCCAGUGGCAUGAAUUCGGCGCCCGCCACGGUCGCCAGCCCCGCUUCCCCCACCUUCACCUUUCCCGCCACUAGGCUCUUCUCACAUGACUGCAGCGCUAUUAAAUCGGGUCGCCGUUCCUCCUAUCUUCUAGCCAUCACCGCCGAGCGCUCCAAGUCCUGCGACGAGGGACUCAACGCCUUCCGGGAGGAAGGACGCGUUUUCUCGAGGCUUCCGAAGAGAGUCAAGAGCUUCUUCACUGAUGGCUCCUUAGACAACUUGGGCACAGCAGAAGAGGUGCGCUCCAAGCGCCACUCCACCUCGGAGCUGGGCAACAUCACGUACAGCGACGUGCGGCGGGAAGGCUGGCUGAACUUUAAGCAGAUCCUCACCGAGAAGGGCAAGAAGGUGGGCAGCGGCAUGCGUCCAUGGAAGCGCGUGUUCUCGGUGCUGCGCUCGCACUCGCUCUUCCUGUAUAAGGACAAGCGCGAGGCCGUGCUGCGUGGCGCCACGCUGGGGGGCGGCGCCGAGGACGAGCAGCCGAUCAGCAUCCGCGGCUGCCUGGUGGACAUCGCCUACAGCGAGACCAAGCGCAAGCACGCCCUCAGGCUCACCACGCAGGACUUCUGCGAGUACCUGCUGCAGGCCGAGGACCGAGACCACAUGCUGGACUGGAUCCAGGUCAUCAGGGAGAACAGCAAGACGGACAGUGAGGAGUUAGGUUUUUCCGGGCAUGCGUUAAUCAAUAAGAAGCUGAAUGACUACAGGAAACAGAGCCCGACAGGAAGUAAGCCCGACUCUUCACCCAGGAUGUCUCGCAUGAAGCCUCCCUUCCUGCUCGCCAAGACCGAGAACGCUUUGGGGGCACCGCGUUCACCCAAACAGGACGGCAAAGAUGAGAGCAGCCCUCCCAAGUCUCCGUGGGGAAUCAACAUUAUGAAGAAGACCAAGAAAACGGGACCGAAAGCCUUUGGCGUGAGGCUGGAAGACUGCCAGCCCGGUAUCAACAACAAGUUCAUCCCGCUGAUCGUUGAGAUCUGCUGCGGCUUGGUGGAGGACAUGGGUCUGGAGUACACGGGCAUCUACCGGGUGCCCGGCAACAACGCCAUGGUGUCGCUGCUGCAAGAGCAACUCAACAAGGGCGUCGACAUCAACCCGGCGGAAGAGAAGUGGCAGGACCUCAACGUCGUCAGCAGCUUACUGAAAUCUUUCUUCCGGAAACUUCCAGAACCACUCUUCACCAACGACAAAUACAACGAUUUCAUCGACGCCAACAGAAUGGAGGACGCAUCGGACAGACUGAAGACCAUGAAGAAGCUGAUCCGAGACCUUCCCGAUUAUUACUAUCACACGCUCAAGUUCCUGGUGUGUCACCUGAAGACAGUGGCAGACCAUUCAGAUAAAAACAAGAUGGAACCCCGUAACCUGGCGUUGGUGUUUGGGCCGACGCUAGUGCGCACGUCCGAGGACAACAUGAAGGACAUGGUCACGCACAUGCCGGACCGCUAUAAGAUAGUAGAGACGCUCAUACAACACUACCUGUGGUUUUUCAGUGAGGAGCCAGACAAGGAUGAAAAGACGCCGGAGGACACUGAGGACGUGCAGCCCGCCCCCAACAUCGACCACCUGCUUUCCAACAUCGGGCGGACCGCUCUGCUCGGCGACGCCUCAGACUCCACCAACAGUGAUUCAGCGAAAUCCAAGGGCUCCUGGGGGUCUAAGAAGGACCUCACCGCCAAAGACUUUCUGACUCUGUCCAUCAUGUCGGCGGUGACUGGUCGCAAGCGCCGGAAGUGUCACAACGCCCGGCGGGUGGGCAGCAGCACCGAUGACGACUCUGAGCACGAGCCCGUCACGGUGGAGGAGGAACAAGUCGGAGACGGCGCACGUCACCCGGAGGGAGAGGAGGACGACGACGAGGAAGAAGCGGAGAAAGGGGAGGUGAAAGCGGAGGAGGCGGUUGUGAAAAACGGGAAAGAGGAAGAGGAGGCAGGAGGAAGGGCGGACGCCCGCUCCAUCGUGUCGGGCUACUCCACGCUGUCCACGUUGGGCCGCAGCCUGGGAGCGGAGGAUGCCGACGACGAGCACAGCGAGCUGGUGAGCGAGACCGACAACGAGAGCGGCUUUGCCUCGCGGGAGCGUCCCGGGAAGCCGCCGCCCCCGCCCCCCAAACCCUCAGCGCUCACCGUCGUCGCCCCGGAAAAGGCCGACGACGGCGGCGGCGCGCGCUCCACCACACCGUCGUCCACGUCUUCAUCGCACAGGCUGCACUCGCGGCCGUCCUUCAACUCGCACAAGCUCAUCCAGUGCGACACGCUGGCGCGGAAGAGGAUGAAAGCUCGCUCGCUGGACCUCCUGGCGAUCCCUGCCGCCGCUGCCCCCACGGGUGAAAAUGCGCCCAGGACGAGGAGGGACACGUCAUCAGGAAGUAGUCAGGAGAAUCUUCGCCCAUCCCGGGCCAGGUUGGGCACCUCGCUGCCCCCCAGCGAGUCGGCGUCCUUCGCCCCCUCCCCCAAGACCCUGGCGGAGCAGGUGCGCGCACGGCUCCUGGGCUCGGCGGAGGACCUGCGCAGCGUGGGCAUGCGGAAGCCGCUUUCGCCGGAGAGCCGCCGCAAGAGGCGCGCCUGGCGCAGGCACACUGUGGUGGCAUCGCCCACCGAGGCGCCGAUUGACAAGCGGCCGCCGCUGACGGAGUUCCCGCUCUCUCCGGCCACCCCCAAAACGCCGUCACCGUCGCAAGGCGAUGAUGUCGUAAGACGGGGAUCCUCCGGCCGCCAUGCCCCCACGUCCAGGUUCCACCAGUAUCUGUGAGCCGAAACAGGAUGACGACGACAGUCUUCGUCCAAUCCGGGCGAGACUUGAGAGAGCCACCAAGGUGCGGAGAUAAAAAUCGAUCUCUCACUUUCCUGUCACACCACCGUAGAAUAAUAACAACAGCGAGCGAGGGUCUUUCCGCCGCUGCCCCCCCCCCCCCAACUCCCACUCCCACCAGAGAGGCAGCAUCCAUAGCUCAACCCCAACUCGGGGAGAUAACGGAGUCAAGCGAGGAUCCACCGGUACCUGUGCGGGGUGGCAGCGAGCCACCAUCCCAGGGAGCGGCGCUCCAAGGAUCAGGAGCGACGCGUUGUCAGGAAGCAGCGAGAGGAUUUCAGCCUGGUCCCGGGCCAGUCCGCCGCCGACCCCCUACCCAGCUGCGGGUCAGCGCACUGGCUUGUUUCGGUGUUUUUUUUUUUUUUUUUUUAAUCUCAAGUCAUUUGCCAAAGCUUUUGUUUUUGUUACUUCCGCUCCAAAUGUGUGCUUUUAGAGGCCGGAGACGUACUCUGACCUCAACGUGACCGCUGUGCAAACGUUUUGGGGUCGCCGCUUUAACGUUUUGAUACGAGAGAGAUGUUUUAGAUCGCAGGUGUCAAACUCGAGGCCCGGGGGCCAGAUCUGGCCCGCCACGAGAUUUUAUGUGGCCCGCGCAUCCAAAUCUAGAGUGUGAAUUUUCAUAAUUCAUGUUAAAAAAAAAAAAUCUGUGCCAAAAUUUAAAAUUCUCAUAUAUCACAAUGAUAAAGUUGAGAUAUUACAAACAUUUUUGUUACCAAACGUAAAUAGUUGAAAAACACAUUACCCUCGAUUUCUGAUUCCAAAAGUAGUUCAUAAAUUGAUUAUGUAAAUAUGAUGCGAUGAUUAAAUAUUUUUGUUCCACCGUCAUAACGGCCCUCUGAGGGAAACCGGAACAACAACAGAAAAAUGAGUUUGACACCCCUGUUUUACAUUGAUAGUUAAAUAGAAAAAAAUACUGCCAGAGGCACAGGUUGAGAUUCACUGUCAACACCUAAAGAAGUGCCGUCGCAAGAAUUUCAUGUUAAAAUGUUUAAACAAACGAGAACAUUCCUUGUAUCGCCAUUUAAUGUGUAAUUAAUGUUUUAUUACAUCCCCAAAAUGUCACAGUCCCAUAAAACUAACACGAGGCCAGCAUACAUAAAUGCCAAAAGAAAAGCUUUUUUACAUAAUAGUGCAUUGAAAGUCAACAAUUGAGUCACAAUGAUUUUAGUAUCAGGGAACAAAAGCAUUAGCCUCACAGUUAUGAUGCCGGGGGUUCAAAUUCCGGCGCACCUGUGCGGAGUUUGCGUGUCCUCCCCGUGCCUGCGUGGCUUUUCUACGGUUUCCUCCCGUAUCCCAAAAACAUGCAACAUUAAUUGGACACUCUAAAUUGCCACUUGGUGUGAUUGUGAAUGAAUGUGCCCUGCAAUUGGCUAGCAAACCUGUUCGGAGUUUAGCUCGAAGAUAGCUGCGAUAGGCUCCAGCACUCCCGUGACCCUCAUGAGGAUAAGCUUUGAUGACAGAUGGGUGGAACAAAAGGCAAAAAAAAAAAAAAUCUUUUAGCAUAGCAUUGAUCUUAGCAUAGCAAUGUGUUAGCACAAACCUAUCUUGGGUAUUCUUAAUGCAGUUUCUGGUUGUAUUAAAUAUGUGUUUAUGUUUAGUUUGACAGUAGCCUUGAACUAGAAAUGGCAGUAAACAGCUUCGACCAGGGGGGCCCAAUGUGCGGAUUGCCAUCGACCAGUCAGUCGCCGAGGCAGUUUUGGUCGAUCGCAUGAUCUUGUGCCCUCCAAAAAAAAACAAAGAGGUCAGCCUAUCAUCCAAUCUUGUCGCUUCUUGUCAGAUUUGGUCAAUAGAGCUCGUGCACCCACGUCAUAAAAUCACGUGAUUUUUGUUUGCCUCGCCAUAAUUGCCGGUCAAGCUAAGCGUUGCUCAAUGCUAAGUCGGUUGGAGACGACGCGGAAAUAUGUCUUGUAGCACGACGCCCAGAGCCUUGCCCGAUACCGUCAGACAUUUAGAAGGUGAAAAUAAACGACGCUACGUGGAAAAAAAUUAGAUAAACUCUGCAUAGAGGAUACAUAUUUAAUGCCGAAGUCGAUGUUUUCGCCGAUAAGAAAUUGGACUGUUAACUCCCUCAAACUUGUCUUGGACAACUGGAUCUAGACAUGAAUCUGGCGAGUCAGUCGUCGAGAUUUACACGGAAAAGUUUGAAAGCGUAGAAAAGUCUGGACGCAUACAAAUACUUCGUUUCUGGAUCUGUUCAGUGACGUUUUUGAGGGCUCGUGAACGCGGAAGCGUGUUCGGCGACACAUUUAACCUUUGCCGGAAUUCAUCGAUCUUUUCAGCUCGUAUUCAAUACAAAUGCCAAUAUUUAAAUAAAUGAUCCCUGGUUUUACACUAACUCGCAUUCAUUAAACUAUGAUUGGGAAGAAAAAAAAAAGACAAGCGAGUUGGCUCCUCCGUACGGGGAAGCGUAUCGCUGCCACACGUUAACCUCCGUUAAACCUCUUUGCUGCGACAGACGGUUUAUUUUCUUUUUUUAAAUACGCCUUGUUCUCAAAUGAGCCAACUUGGCAUUAUAAAUACUUCUUGGUAAUUUGAGAUGGAGAAGAAUAAUUCCUACCUGAAAUGAAGCGAUCGCGUAUUUUGGUCAGGCACCAUCCAUCACGUUAAAUUGCCGAAAUCCAUCGAUAUUUUCUGUUCUUUUCAGCUGGUAUUCCAUAAAAUGACGUCUUUGAAUAUCUUUCUCAUCUGGUGUGACAACCAACGGCACAACAGGCCUCGGGUGUUGUGUUUAUUCUGCGUGCGCGAGCUCUAUUCGUCAAUGCCACGCGUCCAUCGACUGGCAGUCGGUUUGACCAAUCCUGGCUUCUCUGCUUGCUGCACCAUGUGGCGCUUCUGUCUUAAGUCAAAGCGAAAAAGCCGACGAAAAACUCGAGGUCGGGGCACUUGUAUCUCAAGACACGACUUUAUAACAUUUUUGUAAACCAAUCGAACGCUAUGCACAGUUUAAACUUUAAUAUUGUGAUUCAAGGUAGGAAAAUCAGUUUGGGGGUCCCUGGUUUAAUGCGCUCAGUCCCGAUGGUGGCCCAAGCCCCCUUUGAACAGAGUUCCUGCUGUCUUCCCCACCUAAAUUCCCCUUGGAAAAUGGUGCUUCUUUUUAUAUAUAUAUAUAUAUAUAUAUUUUUUUUUUUUUUUGGGGGGGGGGGGGGGAAUUCAAACCAUUUCAUGCGGUCACGGUUAACUUUUUUUUUUUUUCUUUCCUGUUUUGGUGUUGUAACAUUUGUACAAAGCCUUAUUAUUAUUAUUAAGUUGUAAAUAGGAGCGUUUUGUUUAACCUCAAUAAUAAUAAUAAUUCUCUUUUAAUACUUUUUUUUAAUGGUUUACAAACAUUUCCUUCUCCAGAUGCUACUUGAAACGUUCCCUUAAUAUAUUGUUUAUAUAUAUAUAUAUAUCGUGACGUUAGAGCUUACGAAGGCCUUUUUUUUAGUGUGUGUCAGGAUAGCCGUUCGUCGUUACUCUUUGCCGUCGCUAUGGCAACACUUCCUGUUAUCUUUUCCCGGUCACAUGACUUCAAACCUCGCCUCUUUGAACUUUCAAACAAGUGCCUCCUUUCUGGAAUGUUUCGCAGUGCCACGCUGGUUCCUUAUCUCCUCCGCGUCCUCCUCCUUCCAGCGCUCACCUCCAAAGAUGUGUACAAUAGGAAUUCAUAAAUGGGAGAAAAAGAAGAAGAAGAAACACUAUGCAGUCUCCCACGUGGUGUAAACUAAAAAAAAGUGUCGCUCGUGUUUUUUCUGUGUUGUACAUACUUAUCAUGUAACAUAUUGUCUCUCGUGUGUACAUUUUUAGAAUGGCUUAUGAGUACAACUCUGCUUAUCUUAUUAUUAUUAUAUAUAUAUGAUGUAAAUAAACAGAUGUUUAAAAA